UCUUGUCCAUGGUGUUGAUGGCCAAACUCCGACGCAAGACAACCCUGGCCAUACUGCUGUUGGGCUACACAAUCGCCAUGUUGUUGUGCAACAUCUGCAUGCCCAGGAAUGCUCUGGUCGUGCUGUUGUUCGUUGCCCGCGGAAUGAGCAACGGGGCCUCUCAAGGAGCCUUCGUAUAUACCACUGAGGUGUAUCCUACCUCUGUGCGGGCUAUCGGCAUUGGAUGGAACACCAGCAUGACUCGUGUCGGAGUGAUCAUCACGCCGUUCAUUGCUCAGAUGAUGAUCAGAACAUCUGCGUACAUCCCUAUCACGACCUAUGCCGUACUUGGAUUUAUUGGGUGCAUAGCUGUUGUCCUGUUGCCUAUAGAAACCGCAAAGAGAAAGAUGACGGAUACCUUGGAAGAACAGUCUGACUAAUGCAAGCAAAACUCCUAAGUUCCUUGCCAUAUUGACGACUACGACACUGUCAAUGUUUUAAACGUUAACAACAACAACAACAGCAGCAGCAGCAGCAGCAGCAGCAACAACAACAACAAC